AUGAUGUUAAUCAAAUUUUUCCAGGCCCUCCGGAUGGCCAAAGAUGGGAUGGAGAAGCCCGCGAACCCUGGAUUAUUGGCCGAGGACGAGCCAUCACCCUCGACGUCGGCCAAGUCGCCGGAAGGGCCGGAAGAGCCGGUCGGAGGAGCGGGAGUAGCGCUAGUAUCCAACUGCCAACUCUCACCGAUUUGUACCGUAUGCCAGAAAGCGCCCGGCCGGAACAACUAUGGAGGCAUCUGUUGCUCCAGCUGCAAGAUCUUCUUCCUCCGUGCGGCCACCAAGGGUUUCGAGCCAGUCUGCAGACAGCUGAGCAAAUGUCAAUUCAUAAUGAACAAGUGCAAGGGGUGCCGAUACGCGAGAUGCUUGGAAGUCGGCAUGGUGCCGGAAAUGACCGGACGUCGCGAGGGAUGCAACCGAAGAACACGUGCCGAGGUGAAGCUCAGCCGGCAGGGGAGGACGGUCAACUGGAGAAAGGGACAGGCACGCGACCAUCGAGAAAUCUCCGAAGAAUCUUCUGUGAACUCCAUAUCACCGUCAUUAACUCUGGAUCGGCCACUCUCCAUGAGUCCGCCGCUCGAAAAAAUGGUGCAAUCGUUGAUGACGUUAGAGAGAUACUGCCUACAUGAAGAAGAUGAACAACUCAGCCAGGAGCACAUUUUUAAUCUGGAGUACAACCUGGAUCUCCAAUUUGUAGAUGUAUUGACGCGACAGGCUCCAGUUUGUUCGAGAGUUCCCGUCGGCUUCGCCAACGCGAAGCACAUGGAACUCCGACCGACCGACAUUCUCCUGCGUGGAAUUGCCAGAUUGGUGCUCUAUAUGGUGGACUGGUUCCGAGCAACAAGGCAGAUCUGGGAAAUCUCGGAAGAAAGCAGGACGCGCUUCUGCGCCAGCCGCGUGCACAUCCUUUUCCCCCUUAUCGUCGCCUACUACACCUACAAGUACAGCUACUCGGAGUGCGUCUGCGGUCUCGGCUACCUCUUCAACCUGGCUGAAUGUGAUCCGGCCAGCAACAACACCGUCUUCUUGUCACGGAUGCAGGAGAUGAUCUUUGAGCACAUUGUCGAGGUGUUCAGGGAGUUGGAGUUCACCGAGGAGGAGUUUGUCGUGCUCAAGAAUAUCGUCAUAUUUUGCAAUCCCAUCACCCUGAACGUGUCGGAUGCUGAUGCCCAAACGAUACGCCAAGCCAGGCAGUUCUAUGAGAACAUGAUGGUUAACCUCUGCCGAAGUCAAGGCUCCGAUCCGGCCCAAGUCCGCGCGCGCGUCGUCCGGAUUCUGGAGCUCUGCCAAGUGCUUACUAACAUGGGCGGCUUCAGCAAGGCGUUCCUCACACGAAAACUUCUCGACGACGCACCCACAUUCCUGAGCCGUCUCGUUGCGGAGCUUCAUGCCCACGCCCUUCAGCACUCGCGGGCCCCGUCGCCAAUUCUGGAGGUUGACGAUGAGGCGAGUAGCGUGGAAAGUGUCGUAGCUGCUCCGCCACAGGACCCGUUUCCGGUCCAGGCGUCUUCUGACACCACAGACUCCAAAGGACUGGCGGCUGUCGCCUCGACUUCUCAGGACUUGCCGACAAGUGAACCGAAAAGUGUCGAGUCGGACUCGGAAAACCAGCACCACCCUGCCGCGGCGAGGAGGAGCAGCUUUUUGGGCCCGAGGGGUCUCAUCGCUCGACAGAUCUCAUUCGGGAGCCCGGAAACGGGCAGAAGAAGCAGGUUGACGUCGGAAACUGCCGAUGAUGAAAAACCACCUCUCUCAGCCCCGGCUACGAUGCAGAACAAACUACAGUUCUUGGGCCAGCAUGGCGGAAGUUUUGAUGAUGACCAGAAGGCCGUAGAACAAUACUAUGAAAAUAAUCACUAUUCCCAAGUCGCCGGCUACGUUAAGAAACUCGACGAGACCCUAACCGUCAUCGCCAACGAGAUCUUCGUCACAAUUCAACAGAACGCUACUUCGUUUUCGGAAGACUCCUACAUCCAACUCCUUCAAGCCGAGGAGCGAUUUUCGGGCUCAGCUUUUGAAAAGGCUAAUGAUGAGUCGAAAAUGUUGUGGAACUACUGGUCGGCCACGUUCUAUUCGACGAAUAUUUUUAUGACCGUCGGAUACGGUGUUAUCGCCCCACUCACCGACCUCGGGCGUGUCAUCACCGUAAUCUACGCCGUGAUAUUCAUUCCGAUCUCAAGCGUCGUAUGCCGUGACCUGGGCCAAUGGAUGCUCGUCGGAUUAACGAAACUUUAUGCUAGGCUGCUGAUAAGAUGGAGAACCGCGCGUGGUGUCGACACCCGUGAAGAUGAGGACAUCGUGCUCCCGAUGAAAUUUGCUGGUUUGACGGCAGUAGUAUACUGGUUCUUCUGUGCACUACUCACCUGGUACUACGAUGAUAUAAUGGGAGAGCCGGGAACCGGGAUGACGUACUGGGCAUCUGUAUACUUCUCUUUCAUUACCUUGACUUCUGUUGGGCUCGGAGACUUGAUGCCGAACAAUGUUACUCGAUCACCACUCCAAAAAGUCUGGUACUUCCUCGGUCUACCCGUGUUCAAAGUGGUGAACAGGAUGACUUACGUCUCCCUGGAAAAUGGUGUCUUUGGUACCCUGACGGUACUGGAGAACAAGCUGGAGAUGUGGAACCAGGACGACAAGGUGGUACCGAAAUUCGAUCGUGGAAUGUCGAAUGGGGCCUCAUUACCUCAGACUACCCUGACUGGUUUCCCAUCCGAUUCGGAAAACACCGUGACAUCUGGAAAAGUGCGAAGACGAGACUCGCUGCGGAGCAGGGCUACAGUUGAGGAGCAAGAAGCUCUCAACGAGCACUUGAACAACUUCACCGUCAAGUCCAUCAAGCAGUUCAUGCAAUCACGGGGAGAUGUCUAUGGUGGAGACUUUGGCAGGGUGAAGGUGACGAAGGCCCAACUGGACUCGUUGAAAGAUGACCCGAAAGUG